AAAGAGUUUAUCCUUCGUGCUUGAUGGACGCAACAUUUAAUUCGCGCUUCUUCUAUAGAACAAAGAAAACCAAAAAGUAAUUUUCAAUCGCAUGUAACUCAUUGUUAUUGAACUCCGUUUGUUUUCCAAUUUGUUUAACCCCGAUUCCGCCGCUCGUUGUGUGUUUUUUGUGACGAAAGCAGUGAAAAUCAAGUGAAACAUCGUAUAUUAUAUGUGGUAUACAAAAGUGCUUCUCUAUUUGGCGCCCAAAAACGGAAGGAUACUCGUGGCUUAAAUCAUCAGCUCUAGAAGGACAUUAACACCAGGAACUGGACCAAUUUUUGACCGAAAUACGAAUAAUCAAGCACAACAAUCAACUCUACUCACCGACCUUUCUAGUCUUCUACAUACCCGUUUACACUCGAAGGACCUUUUGUGCCGACCACUUUUUGGAUCAACAUAUCGCUAGCGAAGAAGCCGAAGGAGAUAGUGCCCUAAACCCGGACCCAUCCCCGAUCCUGCUGCCCCAUCCGCGCCAGGAUCAGUCGUAACCCAGUAGUAAUACCCCCUAAAUCGGUUCGUGCCCUGUGGCAAGAGAAUCCAAGACGGCGCCACUUAAACCACAAGCCUAUAAAAUUGGCCGAAUGUUAUGUUGUGGCUUCUGCUGUGGCAAUAUGUCGAAGCGCGAUUACAAAGUGGCCACCACGGAUGGCAUCGAGCUGGAGCCGUUGGGCGGCGAAAAGUGCGACAAGGAUAAGGACAAGGACAAGGAGAAGCAGACGAAUGGCGUCACUUUUGGUGGCGAAUCGAGCGGCGGACGGCAGACGCGGACCGGAGUGGCCGUCUGCUCACAGCGCCGGGCUCUACUUGUGGCCGGAAUCGUGCUCGGCUCGCUGCUGCUGACGGCCAUCAUCAUCGCCUACGCCGGACCGCAGAACGACUGCUCCUGCGGAUCGAAAACGGUGUCCGGCUACGAAACGGAUGAAGAGAACAACACCCAGCCCUUCAAUCCGAUUGCCACCAACGGGGAGCCCUUUCCCUGGCUGGAGAAGAUGCUGCCCACCAGUGUGCGGCCGCUGCGCUACAUGGUUACCAUCCAUCCCAACCUGACCACACUGGAUGUCAAAGGCCAAGUCACCAUCGAUUUGCACGUGGAGAAGGAGACCAACUUCAUUGUGCUGCACAUCCAGGACCUCAACGUCACCGAGAAGGCCAUCGUGACCCCGGGUCCCAAAGGCUAUGCCCUCAAGAUUGUUAAGGUGCUGGAGUUUCCGCCCCGGCAGCAGCUCUACAUCGAGGUGAAGGAGCGGCUCAAAAAGAAGUCCAAUUACACCCUCAACCUUCGCUGGUACUCCAAGCUCAAUCCGGAGCCAGAGGGCUUCUAUGUCGACCAGUACGAGAGCUCCAAUGGCGUUGAACGAUUAUUAGCUGCCACAGUUUUCCGACCGAAUGGCGCAAGAAGAGCAUUUCCCUGCUUCGAUGAGCCGCACGUUCGAGCACCGUUCCGGAUCUCCGUGUUCCGAGAUCGCUUCCACAUCGGCCUGUCCAACUCCAUAGUGCACACCACCGAGGACGUAGGCUUCUACAUGGGCACAGGACUGCUGCGCGACGACUUCAUAGAGACUCCCCCACUGCCAGCCGAUGCGGUGGCCUGGGUGGUAAGCGACUUCCAGCGCGAAUCCCUGCAGCCCUCGGCGGCAUAUAUACCCACGACACCAGCGCCACCGGGAUCCGGAGUGGGUGGCAAGAAGUCCGCCCAGCUAAACAAUUAUACUCAGCUUAAGGGCAAAAACCCGCCGGUACGAAACAUCACUGCCCUGACUCAUUCAUUGAAUGUGAACCUGACGCCGCGGCAAAACCUGACCGUUGUGCAACCCACGACGACGACAGCGUGGCCAGUGAAUCUCAAUGGGAACGGAAAGCCAACGAAUCUAACAUCACUGUCCCAGUCCACGGUAUCGUCGAUCAAGAGAGCUCCAUCGUACACCUUCUAUGCGCCCAGGGAUCUGCUGAUUCGCUCUUCAUUCAUUCUGCACACUUCUAGGGACGUUCUGGAGUAUUUGCAGACCUGGCUGGAUAUCAGUUAUCCCCUCACGAAAGUGGACUUUGUGGCCUUGCCUUCCCUGGAUCGCAACAUGAUCUCCUCGCUGGGAUUGGUCACUUUGAAAACGUCGUUCUUAACGGAUCCCAGUUCAAUAACCUCGGAGCAAUAUCAGUUCAGUGCACUACGAAUUGCCGAGGCGAUGGUUAGGCAGUUCUUUGGCGGCAUCACUUCGCGAAAGGUGCUCAAGGACGUCUGGUUGUGGGAGGGAUUAAUCCAGUAUUUGGGCAUCCACGCCUUGGCGCCCCUGCAGGAAACCUGGCCCUUGAGAGAAAUGUACCUCCUGAAGAUGGCCACAGCUGCGUUGGAUAUCGACGCCAUCCAGGGAUGGGAUAGCAUCAUGAACGGCACCAGCCACGAUGGCAACAAUGAGGAGUUCUUUGUCCAGAAGACAGCGGCCAUAUUCUCCAUGUUGCACACGGCCAUCGGUGAGGAUCGGUUCCGGGGCUGUCUGGGCUCGUUCCUUAAGGUGAAUCGUUUCCGGACUGCUGAACCCACUGAUCUGUGGACCAUUUGCACCAAGAAAGCCAACGGUUCGAAGAACAUCAAGGACAUGAUGACGCUGUGGACCCACCAGCCGGGCUUUCCCCUCCUCACGGUCACCAAAAUGGGCAACAGCAUUUCCAUCUCGCAGCGACCUUUUCGACCAGCGGAAUUUCUGGCCAUCCAUGACGACUCCUACGAUGGGAAUAACUACAAUAAAACGUCGCUGAAUGCCACUGAUAUGCCCAGCACAGUGGCACCCACAACACAGGGUAGCAAACAUAAGGUGGCGCCGCACAUGAAGUGGAUCUUCCCAGUCACCUAUGUGACAGAUAUCAACAACGUCAGCGAAACCCUCUGGAUGCAGAAUGUAGAUGUAACCUUCAAUGUGCCGGAGAACGUGAAAUGGAUCAAAGUGAACGCCAUACAAAACGGCUAUUACCGAGUGGUCUACAAUGAUGAUAAUUGGGCAAGUCUGAUCGAGGAGUUGGCCGCAAAUCCCAACCGCUUUACCAGCGAGGAUCGCUUGGGUCUGUUGUCGGAUGCCUUUACGCUAUGUCACGCAAAUCUGCUGCCCUGCGAGAUCACCAUGAACAUGAUUCAGUAUCUGCCCAGUGAGACGCACUACGGUCCAAUGGCUUUGGCAUUGAGGCAUUUGGAGAAGUGGCGACGCAUCCUUAAGUACUCGGAGUGCUUCCUAAUGCUUAGCGAGUUCAUUAAGAUGAAGAUAUCCACGGUGAUGGAGAAGGUCGGCUGGUCGGAUGACGGCGAUGUGGCCACCAGGUUACUGCGUCCCGAAGUGCUCUUGGCAUCGGUGCUGUGGGAAGAUAUCGAUAGCAUCACCAAGGCAAAGAACAUGCUUAAUCAGUAUCUAUACUACAACGGCACCGCCAUUCCACCAAAUCUUAGAGAGGUGGUUUACACGGGCUCCAUCCUGUCCGGCGAGUACAUUUACUGGCAGCACUGCUGGGAACGCUUUGUUAACCUGCAGCGCACAUCAGAGACAUUCGUGGAGCGGAUGCAGUUGCUCCGCGCCCUGGGUAGAACCAAGGAUGCUUGGCUGCAGAACCGCCUGUUAUCCCACGUUACAAUGCUGCCCACCGAGGAGGUGGUGCAGGUGCUCAAGGCCAUCGCAGGAACGCCGACGGGCGGUGCUAUGGCCUGUCGCUUCCUUCAGGCCAAGUGGUUCGAGCUGGAGAAGCGCCUGGGUCCUGGAACAAUCAGUUUCGCCAAGGUCAUAUCGGCCAUCACCCAGUACGGGGCCACCAAGUUCGAUUACGAUGAGCUCAAAUCGCUGGUCCAUCGAUUUGGCCGAGGUCAUGGCAUGUCGGUGCUGAACAUGACCUUGAGCAGCGUGGCCUCCAACGUGGAGUGGGUGGCCCGGUCACAGACGUCGCUCUACAAGUGGGUGGAGGGCAACCUGCACUCGCACCGAUAGAGGAGAUGGGGCACACGGAGGUCCUGUCGCAGUUCUCUCUUCACACUCAUUUGUAAUUAUGUUCCUCUAUCAGACACGAAUCUUAAGUGAGCUUUGAUUUCGCCAAGUUAACUAACACAAUGGAUCUAUGUACUCCUUACCAUAUCAUUGCCAGUUCGAUCGAUCUCCUUGGUUUUCUCUGUAGCUAACCUAUGAUUUUAGUACUUAAUGUUAGUCCACUCAACUGUAAAAUACGAUUGCUAUGAUCAAGCAGCUCUUAUAUAUGUGUAUAUCUAUCCAAGUGGAGAAAACCUUUUCUAGCACAUACGAACGUGUAUAUCUACAACUGAACAUAAGGAUAUAUCUAUAUAUGUAUAUUGUAUAUGUAUGUAUAUUUUACAAAACCAAACAAAACCAAAACAUAUUUAGAGCAAUGGAUAAUUGUAGAUUGUAAGCGAAGAACAAAGAACAACAUAUUUUUUCAUAAAAUCUAAAACGUAACAAAAGAAUCCCCAGAAUCGAUCAACUAAAUCGCUUAUGAAUGCAUUCUAGUAACUGUAUAGCACAUGUACAAGUAUGUAUAUUAGUUUUAGUGAGCAUUGCGCUCGUGUGUGUGUCCGUGUAUGUGCGCAUCGAAAUAUCACAGAAAUCUUCCUUUUGCCCAAAGAUAAUGUACUUAAGUACCCAUAUAUGUUUACUCUAUGCUGCCUGGCCAAAACCAGUUAGUAAAUAACCAAGACCAAGUUUUAAAUACCUUUUGAUUUCUAAAUGUAUUUUCAAAAUCAGUGUUAGCUUCCAAUCAGCAAUUUAUAUAAAUUUAGG